AUGGAAUCGGGUCCAGACAAAACCUGCCCAAAAAACAAAGUCCCCGAAAAUGGAGCAGUUGAAAUGGCACAAAAUUGUCUCCAAAUGACGGCCCAUGAACAAGAUAGCGAAUGGGAAGAUAAACAGAUGGUCAGAAAGGCUGCAGCAUACAAAACGCCUGGAGGCCAAAAAAGACGACGUAUCCCGGAGAGAAAAGGUUAUUACCAUAACAACUCUGAACCUUGCCAAAGACCGCGCGUCCCGUCGACCAACGAGCACGCCAGGCACAGCUGUGAAACGCCUGAAAUCAGUGUGUUCGAUGGAGUAUAUCCUGAGAUGCUGUGCGAGAGAUGGAAACACCCCAGAAUGCUUCCCUGCCGAGUUCGUCUCUACAGCCAUUUGCAUGGCAUAAAGCUGAUUAUGCAAAGCCGAACCCGAUAUAACGAACAGGAUUAG